AUGGUUGUUUGGGGUUUAUCUAAUAUCACGGAUGCCUUACAAAAACGUUUGUGUCGCUUUCUUAUACACAGAUAUUUAAGCGAUUUCCUGAAGUCUAGCAUUAAUUUGGAACAAUUAUCAGCUACUCUUUAUGGUGGCAUUGCAUCUGUUAGCGAUGUUGACAUGGACGUACAGAAAUUAAAUGAAGCGUUUGAAUCGAUGAAAAUACCAUUUACGGUGGUUGAAGGUUACAUUGGCGAAGUCACUAUCACAGUUCCAUGGCAAUAUAUCCUUGUGAAAUCGGUUGAUCUGGAGGUGAAGCAGUUACAGCUUACACUUCAGCUUCAACACUGCGCAGAAGAGCUUCCGGGAGAUAUAGUGGCUUCUAUGUUUGGAAGUGUUAUGGGAUCAUUAGCAACAUCUAUGGAGCUAGCGCAGAGUUUUCUGAAUCAAGAGGAAGCUAUCAAUGAAGCAGAGGACAGAGGCAUUGAACAGUUUGCUGAGGUCAUUGAUGCUGUUAUCUCUCGUUUCCGAUUAAUUUUCAACGAUGCUAUUAUUCGCUUGGAAAGUGUUCCCGAUCCAGAGUCUUGGUUAUGCACUGCGUUGGAACUGCGAGUCGAUUGGAUUGAACUCAUCGACGAACAAUUAGAGUCGGAAGCUUUUAACGCUGGAACGGUAACUUCACAACCACGUUCGUUAUCAUCUGUUCCAGAUUUCAACAAACUUUUUCAUGUAAAAGGCAUACGUCUUUAUACCGAUAUUUUUACCAAACCAGCGAUGAAAGAUUUAUCAGAAGAAAAUAUGACUGCAUCAACACAAGUCAUAACAAGUAUGUAUCUCCGACGUGAAAAGGAAAAAACAAUGAAGAAACUGUCAGGUUCUUCGGACUCAUCAGAUGAUCACUGUGAAAAAAGCGACAGUAUGUUAUAUUCCAUACAGAUGUCGGCUACCUCAACAAUUUUUGAAUCAUGUUAUUCCCGUAACAGCUGUAUGGAAGACGAAUUUCCUUUUGCUACUUCCUCACCGUUAAGUUCUUCCAGUAGUACCACGUUGGAGUCGAAUCCAGUUCUGUUUGCAUCAUUUAGUGGUAGCGUUGAAACUGUUAUUGUUCGAGUACGUAACAACGAGAUCUCAUCGCAGUACUCUUUGUCUUCGGAAAAGGAAAUUAGCCUUAACUUUGAUGGUUUGUGUGUAUUUUUGACGCCUUCGCAACUGAGCAUUUUGAAAACAUUUUUUGCUGCGAUUGCAAAGCCUCCUUCAAACUCUGAUGGUGCACAAUGCACUUUAGGAAAACCAAUGUGUAUACAAGAUUAUCAGCAGGUUGAAGCAGAGUUGCAAACAAGAAUUGUACCAUCCAAUCAAAUCGGUACCGAUUUCCAGCACGGCAAUUGGGGUGGUUCGAUGAUGUUUUAUGAUGCACAGAGAAAACCCUCAGUAGUAUCGAUUGAAGAACAAAUGGCUAAUGUUUCGUUAAAUCUCAGUGAUGUAGGAGAUGGUCGAGUUGGUAGAUUUCGGAAGGAAAUUUUGAGAAGCGACUGUUACCAAAAAACUUCAAAGAAGUCGGAUACUGUAUCUGACAUGAUUAGUGUUAAAGCAAGCAUUUGCAAUGUUGUCUUUGUCCUCACUCACAAAGAUUACCUUGGACAAGAUGAAGUUCGAAACAGAAACGUCGAAAACAUCGCUGAUAUUAUCAGUUCAUACAAAGAAUUAGCAGAGAGGUUCUUUAAGGAAGCAUCUUCUCUGCGGUUUGGGGUUCAGUUGGAUGAAUUAAAUCGGAGUACGAAACAUCUGUAUGCAGACGACCAUCUACAGUUUAUUGGUGAAGGAGUCGUGUUUGAUUAUAAUCAAGUAAGAGGUCGGGAAAACUACUCUUUUUCAAUGAAUUUCGAAGCGCUUGAUGUGGAAUUAUUAGAAAUUCUGUCGCCGGCCUCAUCGAGCACGAAUGCCGAAGAAAAUAUCAAGCUAUUUUCGUUUUGUGAUAAUGCAGCAGCAACUGAUAAAAACCGUCGAUUAAUGGUUACUAUAGAAAACGGCAAAAAUUCGCAGCAUUAUGAUGUGACAGUAAGCAUGACAACUUGUAAAAGUGAAUUGGAUAUUUCGAUGAUUGAUCGAAUAUCUUCCCUUUUGAUCACUAAACCUUUUCACACUUAUCCAUUUCCUUCAACGAUUCAAAACGGUACUGACGUAUCACGAGGCUUAAAAACAGAUUUGCUCUUUACCGCUAUGCAAGAUGUAAACAACACACCUUUAUCACUAUCAUUUAUAAUUGGUUGUCCAGAAUGGGAUUUAAAUUUGAGAAUACCAGUAGUAGAUUUGAGACAUUCUGAUUCUUCUCCAACUCGAGUACCCUACUGGAAAAGAAAUCUGCAUAAGGAGUCAGUGAGAUUAACCUUAAUGGAUGUCAGAUUGGAAAUACCAAGAUUUGAUGUAUCGCGCUUAAGACAGCAUGGGACAGCUAUUAUUUCGGCUUCUGCUGUGAACGGAUCCUUCAGUUUGGUUGAAAAAACUGAUUCAGCUAGCCUCGACUCUCUCUUUCUUUUUGCUGGUUGUUCAGAGACAUGUGGUGGAGGUUGUGUCAGUUUGAAACUUAACUACGACAAUAGAAAUAGUAGUUUGGAGUCAACUUCUACACGUUGCAAUGAAACAGGUUACUCAUGUGCUUCGCAAUAUGAUGUUGAAAACGAAGCAGACAUAAAAAUGGAAGGACCAUUCUCAAAAUGUGUUAUACGCAAUGAGAACCGAGUGAUAAUUGUGGUUGGAAGCACAAAGGAGAUGUUGGAAUUUGGAGAAAAUUGCCUAUCAAAUGCACAAAUAAAUUGUGAAUUAACUGUUCCGGUAUUGCGAAUCCACUUGCCCAGUCGUCAGUAUUACGAAGUUAUUUAUAAUAGAUUGGUGAACGAUUUGUCGAUGUGGCAGCCAUCUUCUCCUGUCUUGAAUAAUUCUGAUCGGCAGAGAGAUGUGGAAACAUCGGGUAACGAACUCUUCGAACUCUGCAGAUCUUCAAAAAGGAAAAAUUCUGCACAUAGUGAGUGUAAUGUUUCGUGUUCUCAUGGUUCAAGUCCAACAGUAAAUGCAUUAGGCAAUGAAAAAUCUCAUAACUUUUGCCUGUUGGCAAAUGUAAAUGAUGGGCGAGUGCUCAUAGGAACUGAAUUUGAAGAUGGAGCUGUUAAGAAACUGGGUCAAGUUGGUGCAAUUCUACACAAAACGCAAAUAAUGGCAGUUAACGGUUUCCAUGGCAAUAGAGAGCUAUCUUAUUUUUAUUCAACUUCCAAAAUUGCUAAUUUUUUUCAUAAAAAUCUUAUUGGUGAUGUAGUUCCAUAUGAACAGUAUGUUUUGAAAAAAGAUUUCGCUCACCAUUUUAAAGAAGGAAUGCAAGCAGAACCGAUAGUGGAUGAAGAGAUUUGUUUUCUGGAGGAGGAAGAGGAUAAUUUUGCCAUCGCAAUUAGAAUUGAUUUUCACUUUGACGAAAAUCUGAAGAAUGUGCUAGUCGGAGUUGGUAUUCGUAAUACUUUGUUACAUUUGAAACCAUAUACGAAUGCUGAGCAGUUUUGGAUUAAUCAGUUGAUCAAUUUCUUUGAUAUCGUCGAUUACGGUAUUCCUGGUUACGAAGUCCCACAAACAACGACAGAACUACAUAUGCACUUCGCGUCCUCUCUGUUGGCUUACCAACAUCAUUUUGAGAAUCCAUCACCUCCUUUAUCACUACGAGUGAUGCUUGGUUCUUGUGACGUCAGUAGUCGAAUCAUGCAGGAUCUAGAAAUAUACAAAUUUGAAUGCAUAUUUGAGCAGCUCAAGCUCUUCGCAUCAUUCAAUCCGGAUGCUACAGGGAGUCAAAAUGAAACAAAGAAGUCUAUAAAUUUUGAGCCCAAAUUCAUACAUAUGCUGUCUGUCGGUAUGUUGCAACUAGAGGUGAUGGCAGCUAAAAGCUCCAGUACUACUGGUGGCAGGCCAAAGAAAUAUCUUCCAUUUUUAGAAGUUAGAUGCAAAAAUGAUUUAUUAAAGUUAUGGGCUUGUUCGGAUUCCCUAUGUUUGGUCAUCAAUGCGGUUGCUGAACUGUUAGAUGCACACACUUCAAAAGUAGCUGCACCCAGAGCUGGACUGCAAACACCAAUCGAUAAACUAACGAUCCGGAAUUCUAGAAGACAGGCAUCAACCGAACAGCAAUUAGCUAACAUUGAAAAAAUGGUGCGAUCAGCGGUGUCGCAAUCUGGACACGAAAUUUUUAUGCACCCGAUGAAUUCACCUGAAAAUUUGACAGAUACUUCUCAAGUGCUGUCGGAUGCAGUAAUAGAUUUAAUUGAUACGACAGGGGAAAGCAUGCCUAGAGAUUCAUCCGGAGUACUCAGAAUUGAUGAAGACUUCUGUCUACUUGAUGAAAUUCCGGGUAGUGGAAUCACGACUGGUAAUAGCAAGCCAUGGGCACGAUUUCUUCUCCCUGACGAUGCAGCUGCUGUAGCUUAUGAUGAUUAUUUGACAAAAAUCGGUGGUAGAUCGAACAAAUCAGUUGUUUUCGCAAUGAACAAGAUUCAUACCCCGUUUAUUAAAUAUUCUAUUGAUGAUGUAUCGCUGGAACUCCAUUUGUACGGUGGUGCUGAUUUCAGCACUUCAAAACCGUCUCCUAAACCUUACUGCAUGUCAAAUGGAGGAAGGUUACGUCGUGACAACUCUCCAGUUGGUGGUCCUUAUAGAGAUUACUCUGCUCAUGUAGAUUUGCGUUUUUCUAGGGUUAAAUUUAUGUUCGAAGUAUACGAUAAAGAUGCACCGGUGUUGUCUACAAGGCUGUUUAAUAUUGGAUCAGUUGAAAUUUUGGAUAAAAUGGUAUCUUCAAAAAUAAAUAAACUGCUUUACCCGCAUGUAUGGGAUCAGACAUUUCCACGUCAUUCUCAAUCGCCGAUGUUUUCAGUUCGCUUAUAUGAAACUCCUCAACAUGAGGGUAAAAUGAAGGUUUCCUUGUUGCCUUUACGUAUUAAUGCCGAUCAAGAUACUCUGGAGUUUCUCGAAGAUUAUGUGAAUGAUCUCUCUGGUAGCGUUGCUGUCUUACAAGCAGAAGAUAUCGUAACAUCGAAGAUGCCAGAAAAGCCAUGGUUGGAAGUGCGUUUGGAUGGAAAUAAUGAUAUUAUGCAGUGCGCCGGAGAUACAGAUUCAGAUACAGCAAUAAAAUGUAUGGAAAUGACUCUUCAAAGUGAUGAUUUUUAUGUGGAUGAAAGCGAAAACGAUAGUUUAAUGCUCAAUGAACGGCUAUAUUUCACAAGUGAUUUGUUUAACGAAAGUGGGUCCGUAACAGACGAUGUCACAAAUUUGUUCGGUUGUAUGAGUUCUUCUUUGCAAUCGUUAUCGAAUGCUAGGACUCAACGCUUCAAUACAGCAAAUACUGAUAGCAGCAUUCGUACUGUUUUGCCUACUGCAUAUAAAGAGGCAAGAAAUGUAAGAUUAAAGUUUGAAGUAGCGAAAGAAGAAAAGAAGGACAACGAAAAAUCUGUCCCUGUCGAUUAUGAGCGCGGUAAAAAUUCUUUGGAGAUAGGUCCUUGGGGAGCAGAAUCGAUCGUUAAAGGAAAGAUCUACUUCAAGGAGUUUACUUUUUCACCAUCUGCGGUGAUUCGUUUGGAUUUAAACGGAAAGCGAAUUCGUCCAGAUCAGGGUUGGAUUUUAGGGCUUUUGGUAGGGUUGAGCGAUUUUAAAUGCACUGAAAUACGUUUGAAGGAACUCAGUUGUACCCGGGGACUGCUUGGUUAUGAUCGAUGUUUUAAAUUCGCUGUUAAUGCCUGGCUUAACGAUAUUAACAACAAACAAUUAGUACAGUUUAUUACGUCUUAUGGGCCUAUCAAAUCAGUAGUAGAAAUUGGUUUUGGGAUUCGAGAUCUAUUUUUGAUGCCAGUAAACGAGUAUUGUAGGGAAGAAGGUCAUAUCAUAAAAGGAUUACAAAGAGGGGCGGAAAGUUUUGGAAUAUCUACCGCAACAGCUGCAGUAGAUAUGUUACAAAGAAUGGUUGGAGUUGUACAGAGCGUAGCGGAGUUAGCAUUUGAUAUUGUUUCACCGGAAUAUCCCAUAUAUCGGCACCGAAGGAAUAUGAUAGAUUACACGGCGCUUCGAUCGCCAAACGAUAUCAGAGAAGGCUUUAAUAUGGCUCUGGAAGCUAUUGGGCGUGAAAUAAGUGAUACGGCGUUAGAUUUCCAAUUAGCUGCAUUAGAAGAUCAGACAAGUGGUUAUUCCACAGUGCGCGGUUUUCUUCGACAAGCUCCAACUACGGUAUUACGGCCUAUAAUUGCCGUAAGUAAAGCUACCGUCAACAUUCUUGGUGGAGUGCGGAAUCAAAUGAAACCAGGCAGUCACAGGGAAGAAAUGGAAAAAUGGAAAUGA